AUUUGUCUUUUCCAGCAUAGAUAUAUGCUGCUGGAGAAACGGUAUUAGAGGUGUAAUAAUACACCAUUUUGUUAUAUCGUAAAUCUUUCCAUAAAGUUGUGUCUCGUCUACAUUGUAAACAUGAAGUCCGGUUGAGUCGUUUGAUAUUGACCGCACUCCGAGCUCAUCCCGGUCACCGUAUAAAGAUUUUCUCCCCUCUCCCCAUCCAUCACCAAAUCUCCAAUUAAGCUUCCACCCCAACCCAAACAGCAUGGCACCCAAACUCCCCACCAGCUGGGCGCAAAUCCCACCCUCGUUUCUCCUCCCCGAAUCCCUCCUCCCCCUCAUAACCAAACGCGGCGUAAAAUAUGGCUGGACGACAGCCCCUCCCCGCUCCCACCCCGAACGCUUCAACCAGCAAAGCGCCGGUUUACCCAUCCUCUCCGCCUCCUCAACCGCUGCUCUCGCCCGCAAAGACUUCACCCUCCCAUUACGCACUGGCGCCCUCGGUAUAAAAAAAGGAAUGACCGCGCUCUACGACCCCGAAACCGGUGUCCGCACACCAUGUACCGUUGUGCAACUAGAUCGCGUACAAGUUGUUGCGCAUAAGACCCGAGAAAAGAACGGGUAUUACGCGGUACAAGUUGGAGCCGGCUGGAAACAUCCUAGCAAUGUUUCGAGGCCCGAAUUGGGACAUUUUGAAGCGAGUGAAGUAGCGCCGAAGAGACAUAUGGCUGAAUUUCGUGUGAAGAAUGAGGGAGGAUUAUUAGAGGUUGGGAGGAGUAUUGGGGCGGAAUGGUUUAUAGAAGGGCAGUUUGUGGAUGCGAGGGCGAAUAGUAGGGGAAUGGGAUUUGCAGGAGGAAUGAAGAAAUGGGGUUGGAGUGGUCAGCCGGCUAGUCAUGGUAAUUCGAAGAAUCAUAGGACGAUGGGUAGUGCAGGUGCAAGUCAGGGGAGUGGUUCGAGAGUUCAUCCGGGAAAGAGGAUGGCGGGACGCAUGGGAGAUCAUCAGGUUACGAUUCAGAAUGUAAAGGUGCUGAAGGUGGAUGCUGAGAAGGGUUUGGUGAUCUUGAAUGGGUGUAUUGCGGGCCCAGAUGGAUGUGUUGUGAAGAUCCAAGAUGCUAUUAAGAAGCCAUGGCCAAAGGUACCAUCGAUACCUGCUCUGUUGGGAGGAGCUAAAGGGCCAGCGAAGAUAGCUACCACUGCAUGAGUUGAAUGUUUUACUUUGUAAUAUUUGUAUGAAUACAUGGCAUAUACAGGCGUUUUAGAGCAGAAACCCUUUAACGCCAAUCCAUUGACCUUUUCCCCGCAAUCAUUUAAGUCUACUAUCGUCCCCUUGACACAUUUACAUAUGCUUAUCCAUGCGCCCCAGUCAUGAGUGGUAUCCAUCAUCGCCAUUGUGUAACCUACCCGGCUGAUCAUAUUUCAGUUGACUUGUGCAGCCAGUGCCUCGACCUCAUUUACCAACACGUCUGGCGUCUCUCAUAACACACCCUCCCAAUCUACCCCAUAGUUCAACACUCUAUCCAGACAAAUUGGGCGCAUAACUUCCUCUACCUGGCUCCGCCGACCUCUCCACAUCUUCAAUUCCCUUAAACGG